CGUUGGCUGGGUAUGACUUCACCUUCCUAAAAUAGCUUCUUGACUCAGUUACGCUGGUAAUCUUCGAAGUGCAUGCUCCGAGUUGUCGCUUGGAUUAUCGUAGGGGUAUUAUAGUCAGCGGUCUGGGUGUCUACGCCAAAAAGAACUGCCGAAAUUAGCAACAUUCGCUGUAAGGUGAAAGGGUGUAGUUUUUCCACCCAUACUGUCCAUAAACAGUACUGUAGUGGUCGGGGUCAUUGACAGGUGAUCCGUUCUUGGAUCCCACUAUCGUUUCGCCAUCUUUCCGAAACUGUUGUUGACAAAAUAAUGGCGGUUGACAUAGAAAACGCAGACGUUUUAGAUAUGCUGUUCGAUGGAGAUGGCAUUCUUCUCGACGAUGCCUUUAUAGGGCGGUCAGUAAACACUACUAACCAAGCUGUCACCAACUUUAACAGCGAUAAUAUGCAGGAAGUCACAGAGAUUGGAAAAGCCAAAGAUACUCAUGACUUAUUUUCAUCACUUCUUCAAAUGGAGGACCAAGACGUUAUGUUAUCUGGACCUCCUACCCCUAGUCCCCAGUACUGUGUUGCAUCACCGUUGAAUAGUGACAGUGGAAUAUCCGAUGACAAUCCAGGUACCUCGGAAUGUAGUCCAUUAUCCAUGGAGAAUAUUGAAAUGAUUUCCCACUACGACACGGAUCAAACAUCAGCAAUACUUAUAACCAGAGAAGAAGAUAUGGUAACCACAACAGCUUUGCCAGAAGAUAAUUUCAGUUUUGCAGACUUUGCUGACGAUUUCAGACUGUCAGAUUCACCAACCAACAAAGAGACAUUACCAUUUACAUUACAAGAUCUUAACAGACAGAAUGUAGAACUUAUAAAUGACAGUGUAUCAUGCAAGAGAUAUCCUGAACUUAUUUUGACAGAGGAAGAAAAGAGAUUACUUUCUGAUAUGAACACUGUUCUACCAGUUGACAUGCCUUUAACAAAGGAGGAAGAAAGAACAUUAAAAGCAGUCAGGAGGAAAAUUAGGAACAAGCAAUCUGCCCAAGAUAGUAGGAAACGCAAGAAAGAAUACGUUGAUGGUCUAGAGCACAGAGUUUCAGCAUGUACAAAACAAAAUAUAGAGUUACAGAGGAAAGUUGAAAGGCUUGAGAAGCAGAAUGUGACACUUGUUGAGCAACUAAAAAGACUUCAGGCUUUGAUCACAAAAACCAGCAAUAAAACUACACAAACAAGCACAUGUGUUAUGGUGUUAUUGCUUUCCUUUGCAUUGUUAGUGGUACCAAGCUAUAAUCCUUUUAAAAGUUCAUCAACUGGUCCAACACCACCAACUUACUCGCCAUCAGGAGUUGUAAUGCGGACAUUGAAAGAGGAUGGAAGUCAGCCAGUGACUGAAACUAUGAUGGUGGGUGGUGACCCUUAUAGCUAUACUAAAAGCCCUGAAGGGGAGUGGAAAGCCGAACAACCUAAAAGUGUUGUCGAAAUGAUUCAAGACAUUUCUGUUGAUGAGACUAUACAGGACAUCCAUAGAAAAAACAGUAGUGCCAGAAAUGUACCUGUCGAAAAUGGUGGUGGUGUGGUGAUGAAUGAAGCUGUACCGAUAGCCGAUGAAAAUCUAAGAGUAGAAGGCAUGAUUAACACACCAGAUGGAGUGGUCAAAAUAAAUGGGGGUGAUGUUAGUGUGACAAGUAAGAAAAAGAACAACGUGCAUCCUCCGAUAAAACAGCAUCCAGCCAUCAAUGAUGAAAUGUGAUAUGGUGUUCAUGAUUAAAUGAAUAAACUUGACAACGAGGGUCUCAUUGUGUUCUCUGCUUGGGGUACAGUUUAUUUGCCAUACAUUCUACAUUAUUUGUGGUAGUCAUGGU